GCCCAACGGCCCGUCACCACAACUGUCGGAUCCCUGCGAUAUAGCCAACGUCUUUGUUGGAAGUGAACAAAGCAAAGUGUGUUUCGGCCGGUUCACCACUUAACUUCAAACACUCCAGGCCUAUCAAUGAAAAUUACUUCCCUGUGUAACGUGACUUGAGGUACAAAAGGUCUCUGGUGCCUUACACCGGUGUUCGAUCCUAUCCAACACUCCCACUAGGCCUACAACACCACCAAGAUGCGCGCGGAAAUCCAUAACUCAAACGAGAGGCCCUCAACCAGGCCAUCAGCUGCACUGACGCUAAGAGAAUUUAACGGCAAAACCUUGGAUCCCCCUCUCCCAGUCUACCUCCCCUGGAACCUCACAGCCCAAGAAUUCACACAGAUCCUCGACAGUCCCAGCGAUAAACCAGCUUUCAAGUUUCCUGCACUUCGAAACUGGCUCUUGGGACUCUUUAGAACUCUGGAUGCACAGAAAGAUGAAUCGCAUCCGUUCCAUAGGCAGCCGUAUCGCUUGGAAGAGCUGACUAUUGAGUCUGUAGACUGGUUCGACAAGAAAAACUAUACGCGACUUGGAUACAUGAAGAUUCAAUCUGAGAUCAGAAAUGGAUCUGGUGACGGCGAUUGGAUACCUGGAUCUGCGUUUUUGCGAGGCGGGAGUGUGGCUAUUCUUGCCAUCGUACAGCCAACAGAUGCCUCUGGCGAAGCCGAGAAACACGUUAUUCUGACUGUCCAGCCUCGCCUGGCAGUUUCCAGCCUGGCUUUCACCGAGAUUCCAGCGGGUAUGCUAGAUGACUCGGGCUCCUUUACUGGAACAGCAGCACAGGAGCUGAAAGAGGAGGCGCACCUUCAUGUCAAGAUAGCUGAAUUACUGGACUUGUCUGAACUCGCUUUGGAACAAGGACAAGCUGAUUCCUUGACCCCAACCGGCCAGCUACGAACGGCGAUGUACCCCAGUCCUGGCGGAUGCGACGAGUUCAUGAAACUCUACCUGUACCAGAAGCGUCUGUCACGUGCGCACAUGGAGUGGCUCAAGGACAGGGCGACAGGACUGGAGAAUGAAGGGGAGAGGAUAAGACUGAAACUGGUUCCUCUAGAGAAAUUUUGGAGAGAGGCUGCGCGCGAUGGCAAGGCACUAUCUGCACUGGCGCUGUAUGAAAAUCUUAAGCGACAUGGUAGGAUUCCUGAUAUGCCCAAGAAACCGGCGGAGGAGCCUAAGAUGUAAUCUCGUAUUUCCAAAGCAGGGGUUUGAGAUUUGAGUAGAAGUACACCACUCAAUCACCACGAAGAUAUUAUAGCGGAGAAUGAACAAGUAGCCA